AUGCAGCGGGCCAAGAAGAAUGUGGAGGAGCACUACGCAGUGGUGGGAACCUGGGAGGAUACGAACACCACGCUGUCGGUACUAGAGGGUUACAUCCCACGAUUCUUCAAUGGGGCCAAGGACGAAUACUACGCUUUAAGGAAAAGUUUGGGAAACGUAAACAGGAAUACCUACAGACCCCGUAUCAGUGACAAGGCGAGGGCCGUACUCAGCCAAAACCUCACCCGGGAAAUCGAGUUGUAUCAGUUUAUCAGGCACCGACUGUACAAGCAGUAUAUAGCCCUACAGCUGGAAAAAGAUCCCAAGCUGCGGGACUUCCUAUCAUCCAUGCAGAAGGUCGGAUAUAAUGUACACGAUCGCCGGAGCAGCGAGGAGGAGCUGCGAGGUCCAACAGGACAUGGACACCAUCAUGAUCACCACUCGCACCACCAUCAUGUGCAUCACCAGGAAAAGACCGAUGGUCACAAUCACAAGGCGGCCCAUGACAAACAACUAGCUGUUCCCGACAACAAGCACAAGGAGGAUGAGGUGCACUACGAAGACGACGAGGAUGAAGUCGAGGAAGACGACGAUGACUUGGCUAAUGCUGUGGGAACCAGUGACGACGAAGGCUUUAACUUCAAAGCCGAUCUCCUGAAUAACACCAAGUACGCCGAGGUGGACUUUGUCUUCUUCAAUCGAGUGCCGAAAGUGGGCAGUCAAUCGCUGAUGGAACUGAUGGCUCGCCUGGGCAAGAUCAAUGGCUUUACCCACGCUCGGAAUAAGGGCAGUGCCCACGAAACCGUCUUGAUGAAUAAGCAGCGGCAGAAUGAUCUCGUAGCCGAUCUCCUGACCCGACCAAAGCCCCAUAUAUAUAGCCAGCACAUAGCCUACAUAAACUUCACCCGCUUCCACUUGCCCAAGCCCAUUUAUAUCAACCUGAUCCGCGACCCGAUCGAUCGGAUCAUAAGCUGGCACUACUACGUUCGGGCUCCGUGGUACUACCGCGACAUGCAGGCCAAAUUGGGGGAAAAGGCCAUUCCCACGCCCUCGGACGAGUUCAUGAACCUCGAUCUGGACACCUGUGUGCGGAACCACGAUCCCCACUGCACGUUCACCCAAAUGCAGGUCAAGAACCCGGUGGGCGAUCACCGACGACAGACGCUCUUCUUUUGCGGCAUGAAUCAGAAGCUGUGCAUGCCCUUCAACUCGGAGGAGGCCAUGCAGAAGGCCAAGCGGACAGUGGAAACGGAGUACGCAGUGGUGGGCACCUGGGAGGAUACGAAUAUAACGCUUUCCGUGUUGGAGGCGUAUAUACCGCGAUUUUUCCGCAAUGCCAAAGUGGCCUACUACUUGGGAAAAGACCGAUUGUCGCGAGUAAAUCGCAACAAUGUCACUCGAACCGUCAGCGAUGAAACUAAACUCAUUCUGAGGAAAAAUCUCACCAACGAGAUCGAGUUUUACGAGUUUUGCAAACAGCGUUUGUAUCUUCAGUAUGCCGCCUUAAGUCAUGGAAAGCGAUUUGGGGAGGAUGACUAUCUAUUGGUGCCGGAACAGCAAAACGAAUACAAUGAGGAGUAUUAG